AUGGCCGUUGGGGAUGUUCUUCUGCCUCUGCAAAGUAAAGGCUAUCGUGACCUAAAUGUGCCCGGAUUUAUUAAGGAUGUGGUUAUAUCAUAUUCUAGUGGUCUUAAUCUGUCAGAGCAUUGCGCCCUAGUUGAAUCGAAAGCCCACGGAACUGUCGCAAGUUGUGAUGUCAACAAACAGAAGGUUACCUCCAACUCACAAGUCAAGCAAGUCGGUGUUGGUGGACAGAAGUUUAUCGCCUGA